AUGGAGGUGGUGACCGGAGCUAUGACCACCCUCCUGCCCACGCUCGCAGGCCUGCUCAAGGAGGAGUAUGACCUGCACAAGAACACCAGGGGUGAGAUCAGGUUCCUCAAAGCCGAGCUGGAGAGCAUGGAGACAGCCCUGCUCAAGAUUUCUGAGGCACCUUUGGAUCAGCCACCUGACGUCCAGGUCAAGCUUUGGGCGAGGGAAGUCAGGGAGCUAUCCUAUGAAAUCGAGGACAGUGUCGAUAAAUUCAUGGUGCGUCUUGAUAGACGUGCACAAAAAAAUCCGCAUAGCUUCAUGGGCUUCAUCAAUAAGAGCAUAGAUCUGAUGACGAAGGCUAAAAUCCGCCACAAGAUGGGCACUGAGAUCAAAGACAUCAGGAGCCGUAUCAAGGAGGUCAGCGAGCGACGCGAUAGGUACAAGGUUGACAGUGUACCUUCCAAGCCUGCCAGACCAACUAUUGACAGCCUUCGCCUAUCAGCCCUAUACAAAGAGGCAACAGAACUCAUUGGCAUCGAAGAGAAGACAAAUGACCUAGUUAAGAGGCUGACAGAGGGGGAGGGGGCGUCCAAGCAACAGGUCAAGACAAUCUCCAUUGUUCGUUUUGGAGGCUUAGGCAAAACAACCCUUGCUAAUGCUGUGUUUCAUAAGUUUAAACCGGAAUUCGAUUGUGUGGCCUUUGUUUCCGUGUCUCUUAAUCCUAACAUGGAGAAUAUUUUCAAAAACAUGCUCCAUCAACUUGACAGGCACAGAUACUUUAACAUCAACGAAUCAACAUGGGGUGAAGCAGAGCUUGUCAGCGAGCUAAGAGAUUUUCUUCUAAACAAGAGGUACUUCAUUGUGAUUGAUGACAUAUGGAACAAUUUUGUAUGGAAAGAAAUCAAACAUGCUUUGAUUGAGAACGAAUGCGGAAGUAGAAUAAUUACAACAACUCGCGCUUUUGAUGUUGCCAAACAAGUUGGUGGUGUUUAUGAUCUAAAGCCUCUUUCUCUUGCGCACUCAAGAAACUUAUUCUUCCAAAGAAUAUUUGAUGCUGAAGAAAAAUUUCCUUCUAAUGAAUUAGCCGAAGUAUCUGAUAACAUUAUUAAGAGAUGUGGUGGAGUACCAUUAGCUAUUAUUACGACAGCUAGUAUGUUAGCCAGUAAAAACAGAAAUGAUUGGUCCAAGGUCUACCAAGCUAUGGGUUCUGGGCUACAAGAUAGUACUGAUGUGAAGGACAUGAGAAGGAUAUUAUCAGUCAGUUACUAUGACCUACCUCCACAACUAAGAACAUGUUUAUUGUAUAUAAGUUUGUAUCCAGAAGAUUAUAAGAUCAUUGCUAGAGAUUUGAUAUGGCAAUGGAUUGGUGAAGGCUUUGUUCAGGAAGAACAUGGAAAGAGCUUGUAUGAAGUAGGAGAAAAUUAUUUCUGUGAGCUCAUUAACAAAGGCUUGAUCCAACCAGCAGAUGUCACUGAUGAUAAAGCGAGUGCUUGUCGUGUACACAAUAUGGUGCUUGACCUUAUCACUUCCAUAUCAAGGGAAGAGAAUUUUCUAACAUGUAUAGGUGGUCAACAAUCUGGAUCUGCACCAAGUAAGAUCCGUCGUCUAUCAGUCCAAAGCAUAAAUGAAGACGAUGCCAAGCAGAUGGCAACUAUGAACUUGUCCAAUUUGAGGUCAAUCAUUGUGUUUGGACGAUAUAUCAAUUUGUUACCAGUCCUUUCAAGGUUUUCAGUGUUGCGUGCAUUGGACAUAAGUUAUUCUUGGAAUGUGGGCAAUCAUCAUGUAAAGAUUAUUUGCAAUAUGUUUCACUUGAGGUAUUUAUGGCUACACAAUACAUGUAUCUCUGAGAUCCCGGAUGAGAUUGUGAAUCUUCAGUUCUUGCAAGUACUGGACAUAAGUGGGACGACAGUACAAGUGUUACCAGCAUCAUUUGUUCAGCUAACACAACUAGUGUACCUUCAUCUUGGUAUGUCCACGGCCCUGCCAGCAGGAUUGGGGAAUUUAAAAUCGCUGCAAGAAUUGCUAGGUAUCAAUAUUGCGUCUCCAUCCAUGCUGCAUGAUCUGAGCAAGCUGACUGAAUUGAGGAAUCUUCGUGUCAGGUUUUAUGGAUGGAACGAUGACUAUAAGGAACUUUUCCAGCGGUGUCUCUCCAGCCUGUUCAAUCUCAAAUGCAUUAAAAUAGAUGGUGUCCAUCGAAAUAUUGAUUUCGGAGGUGACAACUUGUCGCCUGAGCAGCUUCACUGCAUUCAUCUGACCUCUAGCGAGAUUUGUGAUGUGCCAAGAUGGAUAUCAUCGCUCUCCAACCUCUCUACCCUUAAAAUCCAGGAUCUAAAAACACUUAGUCAGGAGCAUCUUCAAGUGCUUGGCAUCAUGCCAUCACUCCGUGAUCUCAAUAUAUGGGUGCCGGAAAUCGCACAAGGCCGACACGAAAGGUUUGUGAUUGGCAGCAGUUAUCCAUUCCGGUGUCUAGCAAAGCUCAAGAUCGGCAGCCAAAUCAUGGGGCUGAAGUUCGCACAAGGGGCCAUGCAGGAGCUACAAACCUUUGAGAUUAUUUUAUCAGUGCAGCGGACAUGGGAUUGA